AUGCCUUUCCAUCAGUACGACUACAUUUUCGCCAUUGGCACCAUUUUCGCCGCGCUCGAUGCGUGGAACAUUGGUGCCAACGAUGUGGCCAACUCGUGGGCGACUUCGGUCGCUUCACAGUCGUUGACAUAUCUCCAAGCAAUGGUGCUCGCCUCCAUAAUGGAGUUUGCUGGCUCAGUCGGUGUGGGUGCCCGCGUUGCCGACACGAUCCGAACGGGCAUUAUCAAGACGUCCCUCUUCGAAAAUGACCCUGCGCUUCUCAUGCUCGGGAUGGUGUGCGCCGUGGUUGCUUCCUCGCUGUACCUGACCUUCGCAACCCGCGUUGGCAUGCCCGUUUCCACCACACACUCCAUCAUGGGCGGCGUAAUCGGCAUGGGUGUUGCCGCCGUUGGUACUAGUGGUAUUACGUGGGUCGGUUCCGGAGGCGGUACUGCGACCAUCAGUUCUGGCGUUGUCCAAGUCUUCCUUGCAUGGAUCAUUGCGCCUGGCCUGUCUGGUUGCUUCGCCGCCAUCCUCUUCACAAUCACUAAGUACGGCGUCAUGCUGCGCAAGAACCCUGCCGUCAAAGCCUUGCUCUACGUCCCCUUCUAUUUCGCCCUCACGGCUGCGCUGCUCACCAUGUUGCUUCUCUGGAAGGGCGGUGGCUACACCAUCAACCUUACUGAUCCCGAGAUUGCCGGCACGAUCGUUGGCGUAGGUGCCGGCUGGGGUCUCCUCAUGAGUAUCACGAUUGUGCCCUGGAUGUACCGCGUUGUCCUCUGCGACGACUGGCAGCUCCGCUGGUGGCAUAUUCCUCUCGGUCUUCUUCUGCUUCGCCGCCCUGCUCCCCCGCCUAUGCCCGAGGAUGUCCAAGUCGUCAAGGACUACUACGAGGGCCGCCUCACCAAGGAGGAGCUUGCGGCACGCAAAGCUGCCGAGCGUGGCGACGUUGAAGGUGUUGGUGCUGAGGGUACCGAGAAGAAGGUUUCCAAUGGCGAGAAUUCCGACGCUGGCUCUGAGGGCCCCAGCGCUCCCCAGGCCCCACCCCGCAAGAGUCUCGUCGGCCCCAAGCCCGAAGGCGUUUGGUACUCCGUCCCUGUGCUCUUCUGGUACGUCAAGUGGGCCUUGCUGCGCGGUGUCGACCAGGAUGUGGUCAAAGCUCAGGACAACAAGAGCGCGCUCUCCCGCAAUCUCGAUGAGGUGCACGCCUACGCCGCCCACUACGACAACAAGGCCGAGUACAUGUACAGUUUCCUGCAGGUUAUGACCGCUAUGACGGCUUCCUUCACCCACGGCGCGAACGAUAUCGCCAAUGCUAUUGGCCCUUAUGCAAGCGUCUAUCAGAUCUGGAACGAAAUGGCUCUCCCGGCCAAGGGCAAAGCUGAGGUUCCCGUCUGGAUUCUGGUUUUCGGUGGUGCCUGCUUGGUCAUUGGUCUCUGGACAUACGGCUACCACAUCAUGAGGAACUUGGGCAACCGCCUGACUCUGCAAUCACCUUCGCGUGGUUUCUCCAUGGAGCUUGGCUCUGCGAUCACGGUCAUCAUGGCCACCCGGCUGAAGCUCCCUGUCUCCACCACCCAGUGCAUCACUGGCGCUACCGUCGGUGUUGGUCUCUGCUCUGGCACGUGGCGGACCAUCAACUGGCGUAUGGUCGCCUGGAUCUACGGCGGCUGGAUCAUUACGCUUCCCAUGACCGGUAUCAUCUCGGGCUGCCUGAUGGGCAUCAUCAUCAAUGCUCCCCGUUGGGGCAUGUCGGAUUAA